AUGUUAUAUGAAUUCAUUGUUACAGGCAUUUUUGGAAGUGUUGCCGUAUCGACUAAAGAGUUGACCAAGAGUUUCGGUUGGGGAACUCAUGACAUCUUCACUCAACACGACGUACAGGAACUCAAUCGUGUGCUCUGUGACAACCUCAAUGAAAAGAUGAAGGGUACCAAAGCAGAGGGUACAAUCGACAACCUAUUCCGUGGUAAAAUUAAAAACUUUAUAAAAUGUGAAACCGUAAAAUAUGAAUCAAAGAGAGAAGAAGAGUUUUAUGAUUUAUCAUUGAAUGUUAAAGGUUGUUCGACUAUUCAUCAAUCGUUUGAAAAGUAUGUAGAGGUUGAGCGAUUGGAUGGAUCAAACAAGUAUGAUGCCGAAGGAUUUGGUUUGCAGGUUGCCAAUAAGGGAUGCAGAUUUCUAUCAUUUCCACCAGUGUUACAUCUUCAAUUGAAACGUUUCGAAUACGAUCCAAUCAGAGAUGCCAAUGUUAAAGUCAAUGAUAGAUAUACUUUUCCAGAGGUUUUAGAUCUAACUCCUUAUUUGGAUGAAGAAGCUGAUAAAUCUUUACCUUCUAUUUAUCAUUUACAAGGUGUUUUAGUUCAUUCAGGUGAUUUGCAUAAUGGUCAUUACUAUGCAUUUAUGAAACCAUCAAUGGACGGUGAAUGGUUGAAAUUCGAUGAUGAAGAUGUUUCAAAAUGUACAUUUACACAAGUUACAGAGGAAAGUUUUGGUGCUGAAGUUGAUCCAACCAAAAGAAUGCCAUUUAUUAGAAAUUUCACCAAUGCUUAUAUGUUAAUUUAUUUAAGAGAGAAAGAGUCGAACGAUCUUUUGAAACCAAUACCAGAUUCAGAUAUUCCAGAGCAUCUCAAACAGAGAAUUGAAAGCGAUGAAAAGAAGACCAACAAUCAAUACUUUAGAAUCAAACUAACAACGGACGAGGAUUUUGUAAAUAACCCAGGAUUUGACUUGGCAGAUUUCACGAAAGUGCAGUUUCAAAUGAUUCCUCUAAAGCCUGGUGAAGUCUAUAACGUCGCAUACUUGAAGCGACAGAUAACCACUCUCAUUGGAAUUCCACCAGAGAGACAGAGAAUCUGGUCUUGGUUUGUAAGAAGAAACAAAACCUUGAGAAUCGAUCUGACCCCGGAAUAUGAUGAAACUUCACUCGCUGAGAUCCGAGACAAAUUCAGACAACAAGAAAUCAGACUUUAUCUUGAAGUAUCAUAUAUUCCUAGAUCAUUAAACAUGACAGAACAGAAUUCAUAUUUCCAACCAAUUGCACCAACUCUCUCGAACGGAUUGAUUUUCUUUAAAUAUUAUAACCCACAAACAACAACAAUGAAAUUCGUAGGAUCAAGAGUCAUCGAUCUUAACUGGAAAGCAUCGCAUAUCGUGCCUAUUUUGAAUCAGCUUGCAGGUCUUCCUCAGAACACCAACAUUGCUUUGUAUGAGGAGCUCUCAGAGUCAGAUAUUGAACCAUUGAAACUUUCAGAGACAUUGAAGAAACUGGAAAUUCAGAAUGGUGAUAUCAUUGUCUUCCAAAAACCAGUUCCAAUCAAUGAGAAAUAUCAUUAUCCAACAACUUUAGAGUAUUUCGAUUACAUCAAACACAAGACUACAGUAAAGUUUAAGCAGGUUGAGAAUAAUAGUGUAAACUUUACAUUGGAGUUGUCAAAGGAUAUGAAGUAUCCAGAGAUUACAAACAUAAUUUCUCAACAAAUCAAAGUCGAUGCAAACAAGAUUAGAUUAUUAACUGGUCCUAAAUAUUAUGGUUCCGAUUUCACACCCAUCAAACCAAAUGACAACAUCCCAUUGAAAGAUAUCUUAUUGUCUGGACAAAGAUCAACAGACCAACUUUACUUUGAAGUUUUGAACAUUCCAGUUAGUGAGUGUGAAUCUAAAAGAAAUUUCAAGGUCAACUGGCUCAAACCAAACUAUGAAUAUGAAAAGGUUUCUAUUUGGGUUCCAAAGAUUGGUGAUGUUAGUGACAUUAAAAAGACAUUUGUAGAUAUUAUUGCAGAGACAAUGCCAGAUAUACCUGCCAUGAAUGUGGACAAGUUGAAAUUGCUAGAGAUUAGAUCGCACAGAGUCGAUAGAGAGCUUAAAGAUGAAUUUAUAGCACAGAUCAUGGAUAACAUUAAUCUAAAGAUUGAAGCCAUCUCUGAAGAAGAGCUGAACCGUUCACCAACUGAUAAGCUCGUUCAAGUGGUUCACUUCUCUAAUGAUUCAGGUUUUACAUCAUAUCACAGUAUUCCAUUUUUGUUGAUCAUUAAAGAGGAAGAGUCAUUUGCACAGAUUCGCACUAGAAUUCAAGCAAGACUUGGCACAUCUGUCAGUCCCAAUGAGUUUGCUCGGUGGAAACUUGCAAUCAUUCAAGAUGAAAAGCCAAAGUUAAUCAGUGACGACACCAUAGUCAGCAAAGGUAGCGAUUGGAAUAAUGUAAUGCUCGGACUUUUACAUCAUCCUGCACUCCACACGAAACACAAUCAAAAGGCUAUAAAAAUCAAUAAAUAG